GGGGUAGGGGGGGGGCUGUCCGUGGUGCUGAAGCUGCGCGUGCCUCAGAGGUGGCUACCACCGAGCAUCCUUCCGCGAGAGGACCAGCGCGAGGACUUGGUGUUUCUCGACGGAUGAGAGAUUCAGGAUGCUUCCUCCUGCUGCUCUAGUCUCCCUCACGAGGCUUUAACCGCAACCAUCCUUUAAUUUUAUUUUACAGUUGUUGUUAACGCACAAGGCACAAACCGGAGACGUGUUUUUUCUUUUUUUCUCUCUUUUCCUCGGCUCUCCCGGUGCCGCCGCCGCCUGCACACAGCCGCCGUCACCGCUCCGUCCCACAUCCUUUAUGCACAGCACGCUGCUCCGGUCCUCUCCGACAAAACACUCCUUUGUGCCCGAGCACCAUGGCCCGCGCCAGCCGCUUUCACUGAGAGACAUGGAAGCCAAACAACACCCCAUAAAGAGCCUCAAGAGCUACCCGGAGACCGGUGGCCGGAGCCUGGCGGCGGCCGCCGGAGGCGACGGAGGAGGCGGGUAUCGAGCCGGCUCGGCCGAAAUGGAGAUGGAGGCGAAGAUCCAGAAAGCCAUCGACUUCAAGUCGGAGGGCCAUCGUUGCUACAAGGAGAAGAAAUUUCGGGAAGCGAUAGGCAAGUACCACCGGGCGCUGCUGCAGCUCAAAGGGGUGCACGUUGUCGACGGGACGACGGGCUCCGAGGUCAACCUGCUCAAUCAAGCCGCGGCCAAGCUGACCGAGGAGCAGCGGAGAGCCGUGGAGAUCACCGAGAUCGAGUGCUAUGACAGCCUGACAGCGUGUUUGUUGCAGUCUGAGCUGGUGAACUACGAGAGAGUGAAGGAGUACUGCCUGAAAGUGCUGAGCCACCAGAGAGACCACUUCAAGGCCAUGUACCGAGCCGGCAUCGCCUUCUAUCACCUGGGUGAUUACGAAUGUGCCCUUCGCUACCUGCGUGACGCCAAGAACCGCGAGCCCACAGACACCAACGUGCUGCGAUACAUCCAGCUGACGGAGAUGAAGAUGAGCAAGAGCGGACAGAGGGAACGAGAGAGCGGCAAAGAGACCCAGGGCUAACCCUCGACCCCUUCACCCUCCUGACCCCUCCGACCUUUGACCCCAACGUGUAGUCCCAAUCCGACCCUCCCACUCCUCUAUUGACAGACAGCGGCACAGACAGAAGAGACCCAGUCGCCCCCGGGGACACAUAUCAACACUGUCUGCGACUUCCUUUUCCUCCUCUUCUUCCCCGUUUCUCCCUCAGGUGCUGUGGUUCCUCUCCCUAGAUGCAGUCAGCAGGAGGACAUUUAAAAAAAAAAGAAAUAAAUAAAUAAAAUAAACAAAAAAGAAGGAAGAUGGUGUAUUAUACUCAUACUGAAAACCGUCGUCGUGGUGGGACGGCAAAGGAGCUUCAAAACAUAUGAACCGUGGACCUUUGCGUGAUUUAGUAAAUGUUUUAAAAACACAAAAUGCAUUUUGUUUCUGCUCUCUUGCUCUCUCUUUUUCUCCCUGCCUUCCUCUCCGUCUCUCUCCGUCUACUUUCUCGAGGAGGACACGUGGGUUGGGAAGCUCGACCGCGACCGGGAUGGACGUCAGGGGCGUGUGUGUGUGUGUGUGUGCGUGAUUGUGUGCAGGCAGGUUUGAGGCUGAACCACGGGAUAGUGAGGGGUGUGUACGUGAGUGUGUGUGUGUGUGUGUGGGGGAGACACAUAUCAAGACUACAGCCCAAUUUGAUUGUACAUCCUCAACCUAACAGGGUUCACUUAGGCCCCGUGCUACUGGACAGACAAGAAACCUUUCAUCUAGUAGAGAAAAAAAAAAACCUGCCUUCGCGCUUAAUCUGUCACUUCUCCCUCUCACUUUUCUUUCCUAGUUUCUAGACUGUUUGAUUCAAUUCAAGGGCUAAUUCAAGUGUUUGUAAUCCAUUAUUGGGGUUUUUAAUUCGCCAUCACGAUAUAAUAAUUGAUGGUUAACAGCAUGUGCGUGUGCGGCAAAGACACCAGGUUUCCCCUACGGUUCUUGCUGUUAUCAGAUGUGCUAUCGUGGAAACUGGUGUGUCGUCCGAAGCCCCUCCUGGUCCAUGUGUUGUGUUAAUGUUGUUGAGACCGUCGAAGCCCGUCCCUCCCAUGCCCCCCCCUCCCGUUCUCCCGUUAAUGAUGUCACAACGGAUAAUAGCCAAUGAGAUCGGAGUACCAUCACCUGCCAUUGGCCAGAUGGAGACCCACUCCAAAGCUUCACAGCGAGAAACGCUUUGACAUUUCCAAAACGGAGGUCCAACCUUUUAUCGCUAAUGCUGAAGCUUCCCAGAUGUUGAUAAGACACAGAGGAGACUCUGGGCAGCGUUAGUGCAGGGAAAACAAUCACACGCAUCUGACUUGAUAGCCCAAAAACGCCGUCUCAGAGCACUCAGCUUUAGUGCACUUCAACAAGAACGAGCCAUUUGAGAUUUCUCCUGCUUGUUGUGUGUGGAUAGAUUAAACCUCUGAGCUGUAUGGACAGAUAAGACACAACAUUAGCAUUAGACUCUACUGACGAUAUGGUUUUUGGAUAUCCAUUACUAGCUGUCCAGCGCUACCGCUGCUUCUCUUGUGACUUGUGAAGCUGAAUCAUUGAUAAUGCAAAUAUUGCUUUUGAUAUAAUAGCUUUACCACAGGCUUAAAUCUGCCUGCCCUGUUCUGCAGAAGGUUGGAUUGAUAAUUUCUGAAAGCAUGACCUGAAUUUCCCUCGUCUCUGAUGCCAUGAAACCCAGUUUCCCCUUUUCUCAUGUGCAAGCCCACCUCCUGCAUGUAACGUGCGGCUCCGGGGAGCUGCUUCAGAUGUUUGGGAUAGGGAUUAUAUGUGCUCUAUUGCUUUCUGUCAUGGCAUGCUGCCACCAAGCUGUUUGCUCAUACCUCCUUUUUAUCCGUCCUGCCCUUUAUAAACACAGAAGGUGGCGACAAACUGUGAUCACAGCAGUAGAAUAGUAAUCAAAUAUUUUUCUUUAAUGAAACAAGAGUCGCCUUCUGCUCUGACUAAGGUGACGGAUAAUUAAGUCAAAAAGAAGUGGAGGAGGAAAUCAAAUCAUACGAAGAUGCUGGGAAAGAUUUCCCCCUCCCCAUUUAUUUCAUUGACCUGCUCUGAGGUAAAUGGGGACAUAAGUGUGUCAAUGGGACUCUGGAGAGGCGGCACCAUGCGUUCAAGAGACCGGCAUGAUAUAGAGAGGCUCUGGUGGAGGGAGAAGUAGGCCAUCGUCAGCCCCAGUAAAGCAGCUGCAGCUCUGCUGUGGCACUGAAAGUUUAAUCCUAAUUCAUCAUUAGAUACUACAUGAACUAAAGUAUGUGGACACCUGCUAAAUACUGUCGGGCAUUCAGUGGAGGGAGGCUAUUCUGGGAAGACCCUCCACAAUAUUUAGAAACCUGGUUCCUGAAAUAUGUUACAUACAUCCUCAAGAUCAUUAAAUCUGAAACUGAAGUCCACGAGGAGCGGUGAGCUUUGAGGUUUGAGGUGUUAGGUGCCUCAAUUAAGGGCAUUUCAGACGUGGAUGUAGAGGGGAUUCAAACCAGUGAUGGUACAGUCGUCUCUAACCACCAAUCCACAGUUUAUGUUCAGUAAAAACGCCCGGCUCAUGUUUUGGAUGUGGUCACGUAAAUCCUGUUUAUGACCAUUUAUUUUAGUCAAGCAACAUUAAAAUCCCAAUUUACAAUUGAAACAGAAAUUACAGAACCAAGAUUUUUUCUCAAUUAAAUAUUUCACGCAUGAACACUCAUGGUUCUCCAAACUGGUAUCGACCAAGGGUGGGCGGUACUGGGAAUUCUGAUAUCGAUCCAAUACCAAGUAAAUACAGGGCUAGUAUCGCCGUUACCAAUCUGUCAGGGUCAUUGAAUAACUUCGUAAUUUUGCCUUUAGUUAGUUGAUUAUAACUGUGAUAAAACACAUCAAUAUUUUCGGCAACCAAUUUGUAUUUACUAAUAAAACAAUUUCACCAUAUGAAAAUUAAACAAUUCCCCUUUUAUUACACAAAAGUCUCACCUUUUACUACAGGUGUUGAUGGAGAAGCUCUGUGCUCACAUCAACUCUUGAGGAGUAAUUAACUGGACGUACAGAAGAGAAACUGUAACAAAAGCUUCGCUUUCAUCACGCUAGUACCGAUCCGAUUCCGAUACUGACCCUGGUAUCGAUACUAUCAAUAUUUAGAUUGAGCCUUGGUGUCCACAUACUUUUGGCUAUGUAGUGUAGACAAUAACAAGAUAUUGUCUAUGAUAUUACGUAUAUUACUGUAUUAUGUUAAAAUAAUGUCCUCGUCACCGCUUUGAUUGGUUGCUAAAAUAUUUACAGCUAUCGUCUGCAAAGAAAUUGACGCUGACAGGAAGAAUGAGUAAAAAAAAAACAUUUUAGGAUGUCAGAGUCUUGCACUUCUGGGUUUAAUUAGGGUGAAAAUUAUAUGCAGAAGCUUUGUUAGGUGUUGAUGUCACCCUUUAUUUUUCUCCUGGUUUCCCAAAGGGGAUGAAUCAACACAGUGAGAAACAGCGCCUGCAGGCUCAGUCUCCAUGGCUGCCUGGGCUGAGUCUCCUCACCCACGGGCCCCUCGGGGAUAGGUCUCCCCCCUCAUGGUCCUCUCUCCAUGGCACCAGUCCGCCAUCUUGUUUUUGUCUCGCUGUGCUAAGUCAUUCUGGCUCAACGUGUGCUACAACUGUCAAGGGACAACAAGCUGCACAUAAAACAGGAUCGUUUCCAGCCGAACGUUUUUGUUUUUUCUUUUAAUUUUUGGUGAACGACCAAGCCGAGGCUGUUAUUGUAAGCAUAAUCCGACAACGUGCUGUCUCUCACAAACUGAGACAUCCGAUCUAUACGUGAGUGUAGCUUUGAAAACAAACAAAAAGCACAACAACAGCAACAACAAAAAAAGAGAUGGAAAAGAAAAACUACUGGCUGUGUUAUUUAUUUAUUUUUUUGCUCUUUUACUUUGAUGUCAUUUGAGGUAAAUGUUUGUCAAAUGUCAAAGUAGUUUUUGUGAAUAUAUGAAGCAAAUGUACAAAAAAAUAACAAAAAAUGGAAAGUUUUAUGGUUGUGAAAAGCUUUACUUUACUGAAUUACUUUAUUAACAGAAAAGAAAAGCAAGAGAUAAAAAAGAGAAUUUUAUUAAAGCUCCUCCACAGAGCUGCUUUGUGACUGUGUCUGUAUUUGUUGAUAUUUCUGUUGAUGUCCCCUUCGUCGAGGGACCCAGAACCGGCUCAGAGUACAUGCGGUGCCCUUCGGCCCCCUCCAUCCAACUGACAACUCACCCGACUCGUCUGUUUCUGUACAGUACGGUACGGCGCAGCAGUGGAUGGGAACUCUGAGGAAUCUCUCCUCUCAGCCGCAGGCCUCUAUCCUGUUUGUUUCUGUGUUGACAUGAAGGACAUGAAGCUGGGGACGUCGAGGCUAAGACAGCAUUUUUGUCUCGCAUCGCUCCCGGGAGGCCUUUUUCCAUUCAACACCCAAAUAUCCAACAGGCCUCUGUCUGGUUUUACUGAACUGCUAGCCUGGGAAUGCACUAUUGAUUGGUAAAUGAAGAUUAUGAAUAAAGUUUCAAACAAA